AUGGAAACAAUAAAAAAAGACCUUUUCCCCUUCCCCUCCUUCCCUAGCGAGCCCAGUCCGCUCCCCGACCCAGCAUCUAGCACGCACGCAGCCGACCCCUCCGCGCUCGCCCCCAGCGCGCACGGCGUACGCAGCCACGUCGGUCGGUCAGCAACCGCCUGCACCUCGCCCCCAACGCGCGCGCACAAAAACCGCCCAACCGCUUCUGCCGCUGCCCCGCUCGGCCAGCUCACGCCCACGUCGCCUCCUCUCUCACCAAUAUCCGCCGCGCUUGCCGCAUGUCGAGUCUCCCCGAGCAGAUCGCCGUUGUCCCUGCACCAAGCACACAGGAGAACUGACGUCGGCCACGAACCUCCGUCCCAAGACUUGCGGCUCUUGGGAAACUGCCGUGUUCACUCCCCGCCGUGCCGAAGCUCCGUUAAGCCGUUGCCGCGACAUUCUCCGUCGAGAUCCGUUUCGAGAUUGCGAUCUGUUUCCAAGCUUCAAGGGAUCAAAGAUCGAGCGUUGGCGACCAAGAGAUCAAGCUUUUUGAGGUCUACAACAUUGAACACCCUGAGCAUCUGUUUGAUGAAGGUUGCCUUUGGUGCAAUCUAUGCUCAGGUAAAGAAGAAGGCGUCGAGGCGGAUCUCCAGGAGUUCUAGGGCUUCGACGAGUUCGAGGAUUAGGCUAGCGACCUCCCCCCAGUCAGCUGCCUGUGGUGGGUUUAUUUACGUUGGCUACGUUUCUAUUCUGUGUACUUUGAUUUUACUAUGUAAAUGACUCUAAUCUUUCAUAUUAUUACU